AUGAAACCCAUCGUCGCUCUAACAGCUCUAUUCAGCCUCACAGCAUCGUCGCAAAUCCCUCUCCGCGCAAACGAAGAAGCGCCUCUCUCCAAACCCGCUCUCCCACCACUCCACGGCCAUCUCCCCAUAAUGUCCUCCGAUAAUCCCUCGAUCCAACCCUCGGUCGCUUUAGGUGACAUCCUAGGCUCCAACCGCGGUCUAACCUCCUUCUCCUCCUUCGCGCGAAUGCAGCCCUCCGUCGACACACGUCUCUCCGAUCUAUCCACCAACACCACCGUUCUCGCGCCGCUCAAUUCUGCUGUUGAUGCGCUCCCGCGCAAACCGUGGGAACAACCUGCUGAUUAUAAUGCGUUUGGCGCGGAUGCGUAUGAAGAUGAUGGAGGGCAGGAUCGCGCGAGGGAGAAUAUGAGACGGUUUGUGGAGGCGCAUCUUGUGCCGGCUAGUCCGUGGGAGAAGGAGGAGAAGAUCAAGACUUUGGCUGGGAAGGAGGUUUGGUGGGUUGAGAAGGAUGGAAGAAAGGUUAUUAUGCCGGAUGAGGUUGAGGUUGAGCGUGUGGCUAGUCAAGUUGGUAACGGAGAGCUUUGGAUUCUUAAGGGAGUUAUUAACUACGCUUAG